AUGUCCAAUCACAAGAGCACAGAGUCAGCUAUAAAGAACCUAAAGAUUCAAGUGGGGCAGCUAGCUAAACAUAUAGCUCACAAUUCUUCUGGAGGUUUUGGGGCCAAUACUGAGAAAAAUCCCAAGGAAGAAUGCAAGGCUGUCAUAACUAGAAGCAAGAGGGAGACUGUGGUGGAAGAUGAAGGGAGGAUUAGUGAUGAGAAAGAUGUUGUUAUUCAAAGAAUCCUUCCACCUAAAUGCAAGGAUCCAGGGAGUGUUACAAUCCCUUGCUCUAUUGGUGCAGUGUUAGUUGGAAAAGCCCUCAUUGACUUGGGGGCCAACAUUAAUUUGAUGCCUCUCUCCAUAUGCAGAAGGAUUGGAGAGCUGGAAAUCAUGCCAAGAAGAAUGACAUUGCAAUUGGCAGAUCAGUCUAUUGCAAGGCCUUAUGGCAUGGUAGAAGAUGUUUUGGUCAAAGUGCGACAGUUUACUUUCCCUGCAGAUUUUAUGAUCAUGGAUAUUAAAGAGGAUCCUAAAAUUCCAUUGAUUUUAGGCCAUCCCUUCAUGCUAACCGCCAAUUGUGUGGUGGAUAUGGGGAAAGGUAACCUUGAAAUGGAUAUAGAUGACCAGAAGGUCACAUUUGACUUGUUUGAUGCAGAAAAGCACUCACUUGACCGAAAUAUUUGCUCUAAGAUGGAUGAAAUUGAGAAUGAGAUGGCUCAGAUGGCCAGAGCCAAGAUUGCACAAGACCCUUAA